GGCGGCGGCGGGCGGAGCGGAGCGGGGCACGGUGCGCCCAGGCUGCUGCCGGGGAGGGGAUGCGGCUGCUUCCCCCGGCCGGUGUGUAGGGAGGGCGGGUCCCGGGCCUCGGGAGCGCGGCGGUGGAGGGCACGGAGGCGGCGGCCAUGGCGACCCCUGGGAACCUGGGGUCUGUCCUAGCGAGCAAGACCAAGACCAAGAAGAAGCACUUCGUAGCGCAGAAAGUGAAGCUGUUUCGGGCCAGCGACCCGCUGCUCAGCGUCCUGAUGUGGGGGGUCAACCACUCGAUCAAUGAACUGAGCCAUGUUCAAAUCCCUGUCAUGUUGAUGCCAGAUGACUUCAAAGCCUAUUCAAAGAUAAAGGUGGACAAUCACCUUUUUAACAAAGAAAACAUGCCCAGCCACUUCAAGUUUAAGGAAUAUUGCCCGAUGGUUUUCCGGAAUCUUCGGGAACGAUUUGGAAUUGAUGAUCAAGAUUUCCAGAAUUCCUUGACCAGAAGUGCACCCCUUCCCAACGACUCCCAGGCCCGCAGUGGCGCUCGAUUUCACACAUCCUACGACAAAAGAUACAUCAUCAAGACCAUUACCAGUGAGGAUGUGGCCGAAAUGCACAACAUCCUAAAGAAAUAUCACCAGUAUAUAGUGGAAUGUCAUGGGAUCACACUUCUUCCCCAGUUCUUGGGAAUGUACCGGCUUAAUGUCGAUGGAGUUGAAAUUUAUGUGAUUGUUACAAGAAAUGUGUUCAGCCACCGUUUAUCUGUAUAUAGGAAAUAUGACUUAAAGGGCUCGACAGUGGCUAGAGAAGCUAGUGACAAAGAAAAGGCCAAAGAACUGCCAACUUUAAAAGAUAAUGAUUUCAUUAACGAAGGCCAAAAGAUUUACAUUGAUGACAGUAACAAAAAAGUGUUCCUGGAAAAACUGAAAAAGGAUGUUGAGUUUCUCGCCCAGUUAAAGCUCAUGGAUUACAGUCUUCUGGUGGGAAUUCAUGAUGUGGAAAGAGCGGAGCAAGAAGAGGUGGAGUGUGAGGAGAACGAAGGCGAGGAGGAGGGGGAGAGCGAUGGCACACACCCCAUCGGGACCCCACCAGACAGUCCUGGAAACACUCUCAACAGCUCCCCACCCUUGGCUCCCGGCGAGUUCGAUCCAAGUAUUGAUGUCUAUGGAAUUAAAUGCCAUGAGAACUCACCCAGGAAAGAGGUGUAUUUCAUGGCCAUUAUUGAUAUUCUUACUCAUUAUGAUGCAAAAAAGAAAGCUGCCCAUGCUGCAAAAACUGUUAAACAUGGCGCUGGUGCAGAGAUCUCUACCGUGAACCCAGAGCAGUAUUCAAAGCGCUUUUUGGACUUUAUUGGCCACAUCUUGACGUAACCUCCUGCGCAGCCUUGGACGGAUAUGAGCAUGGGAAGGACCGGUUUUGGUGUAGGACAAAAGAAAACCAAACUCAAUGAAGCACUCAUCUUGCAGGAAGCAGACCUCCUUUGUUUACAUCUUCAGGCUAAGAUGACCGAUUUGGGGGGCUACUCGCUUUAACAGCUACCUGAUAUUCCCCAGCCUCAUUCUAGCUACUUCCACUCUGUGUGGGCGCGCGUGUGCAUACACGCACAUGCUCUUGUGCACAUUUUUUAAAUAAUUAAUCAAAACCGAUCGGCUUGAAUCAGAAUGUUACAAGAAAAACCCUCCAAUUCCAGCUGUGGGUAGGUGGGUGGGUGGAUGGAUGGAUGGAUGGAUGGAUGGACACAAUGGGGGGAGGGGAAGGGAAAUGCACAUCAGAGCACCUGUUGGCAUCAUGCAAUAAACUGUGGAUCAGUUUAUCUUUGAAUUGAAAGAUGGGAGACAGUAUUCAUAAUAAUAAUGAGGAGGAUAAUGAGGAGGAUAAUAAUGAUGCUGAUAAAAAAGAAAACAAAAGCAAACACUUUAAUGCAAAGGUAAUACUUCUACACAACACGUAAAGACUCUCUCUCUCUCUCUCUCUCUCUCUCUCUCUCUUUCUCUCUCUCCUUAAUAAUUGCCACCAGAGCCCCCAUCCCUGGGUGGAAGAAUGCUGGCUGGCAUCUUCAUGGCCAUGGGUUCUGUCCCUGUAGUAUUGGGACCCCCAGUACCCCCAGAAUAACCACCCUCUUUUCCACCACAGGACUCUGUCCACAUUUCCUCCUCUAUAAAGAUGUCUAGGAAAACUGCUUGCUUUUCUUUCUUGCCUGGAGACUCUUCAUUGUUACACCAGUAUGUUGUAGGUAUUCAUGCUACAAAAUAAAAACAAAGCUUACCUGGAAGGUGCAUAGUUUGGGGCAAUAGUAGCUACAUCUCCCUGUAGGAAGAUGAACAGAAUUAAUAUUCAAUUUCUCCUGUCACUGAAUGCAAAUCUGAGUUGCAAAAAGUUUCUGUUUGGCCAUUGUUUAAAGGAUGGUAUUUUGUUACCAAUUAUGAUCUCUUUAACUGAAACCCUCAGUUUAACUGUUUACAUUAUUAGGAAAACAGGGAUAUUUUUGAAUCUAAAAAUUUAAUAAACAGCAUGUGAUUUUUGAAGUUUACAUGUAAAGACAUUUUACAGUGCUGGUGAAAAUGAUUGUCACAUUUACAGAUGUGUCCUUCAGUAAUGUUUCAUGAGUGAAUGUUUUGUUCAAAGUACAUGGUAGAUGGUGAAAGAAAGAAAGAAAGAGAGAGAGAGAGAGAGAAAGGAUUCUUCCAUUCUUUCAAAUGAACAUUUAUCAACCUCAUUUUUUAAACAAAUUUAACCCAACUCUGGUUUUGUAAAUUCAUUGCCCUAAACUGUGCUGAUUGUGUUUAAUCAAGUUAAACAUUGCCCACAUUGAUCAUGUAUCUGCCAACCUUCCUUCAUUUUUCUAGAAGGCAUCAAGUUAUAAGGUUAUUAGACUUGCUUAGAGUAGGUACUCAACUUACACGCUGUGUUAAAGCUGUGCCUUUAAAACUCCUUGUUUAAAAUGUAAGAAGAUUUUUGUAGGUAAUUCCAAAAACACGGGGGAAAAUAAUUCACUCUGUAAUAAUGACUUAAAACUCAACGAGUCUUCCUGUAAGGCUGCCUUUUCCAGUCAUCUUUACUUCUGGGUUCCACAAGUUUCAUUGUACCCAGCAUAUGCAGGCAGCCUUGGAAGCCAGCAGUAAUGCCAUGCGACCAUUCUCUACUGACUGGGAAUUCAUUCUCCCAGGAAGAUAACUCCCCUGUAACAUAGUCAUACCCCUCUGUAUUUUAUGUAUUUUAAGUUCAUCAGUGCUAUGAUUUGAUUCCCCAUCCCUACCAAUAGUUAAUUCUGGCCUACAUCUGUUUUGUUGUUCUGAAGUUCUGCUGUGGUUCUUUUGACCCAAGACAUACAAAUGUGAAGCCCUGAAUUAAAGAUAAGGUACAUAUACCGAAAUGGAGUAACUUGUUUCCUUUGUGGCCAAUCCGUGUUGGCUUUUAGAAUUUGACAAAAUGCAUUAUUUUUGUCUGUAACCAUCUCUGUUGUUCAUUUCGGGUGAGAAGCUGUUUGGACAGGAUAAGGAAGUUUGUCUUGUAUCUCCUAGUGCUAACAAUACACUCCAGCCAUGAGCCAGGCUUUACAAAAUAAAGCACUUUGAGGACUCUCAA